CCUCGCUGCUCCAGGGCGAGGCCUCGCGUGCUUAAGCUUAAGCUUGGCUUGGCUUGGCAGGGCUUGGCUGGGCUCGUAACGUGGACUUGUUGGAUCCCUUCCUCGCUGCGAAACCCAAUGUCUUACAUAGAAAUCCCUUCCACACACACUUUGAAUUCGCCCCAUAUCCCACUCUAGGAGGAUUCGUGUGCGGUUUUUUUUGACUUUUGUGCUUGCGCGGGCACGCAUGGCAAGCUAACAAUCAUCACCUGGGACGACAGACCCUUUGAGUACACCACGCUGUCACUCGUCGUGUGGGAUGUGAUGCCGAUUGCAUUGCUGCGAGAGAGUGAGAAGGAAGGAAGAGCGAAGCGUGCGACGUGAGCAGUGAGUGGUGACUGAGAGAGAGCGAGAGAGAGGGAGAGGGAGAGGGAGGUGGCAUUGUGCCGGGGAUGGUAAUUUGGUGCAGGUGGUUGGGUAUUAGAGUAGGAGACGGGAGGUGGAGGCGAGUAGAUCGGUGGGUUUGGUAAGUUUGGAGAGGAUUUGAGGUGGGUUUUUGGAUCGGGCGUGGAUCCGAGGUUGGAGGGGAGAGAGGUGGUGGAUCUCGGUGUGGUUAUGGGAACCAGGAGCUGUGGAGUCUUUUUCCUGUUUGAAUGGUUGAUUGUGCUGAUGGUAUUUUGAAUGCAGGGUGGGAAAAAAGAAGGCGGGUUGCCGUCUGGUUUGGCCUCUGUAGUUGGCAAAUACAACGCAUCUUCUUGCAUUGGGAAAGGCUCCGUGGCUUACAGAUUCUUUGCUUGCUGGGCUCCGGGAGUGGAGCGCGAGUGCAUCGGAUCCUGGCAUUGUUUCUUUGCUAGUGUGUUUUAGGGCUUUCACAUUAUAGUGUUUUGUGGAGACCUGGGAUAUUGGAGAUUUAAAUAUGUGGCGGAGAGACGACUGCUAGUUAUAUGACAUUCGAGGGCAGUCCAAUUAGGGAGCGAAACAGACGAGGUCCUGUGGUCGAGUAGGAAUUUGGGUGGAUUUGGCGGAGAAUAAAAUGGCCUCGGAUGCAUCCCAUGUCAACGAUGUGAGAGUGGAGUAUAUCAGGAGCAGGCGACCUCCCAGCUCUAUUAAUGGGACUCCAAUUAGGGUGCCUCCAAGUGUUGAUGAACCCGACUUGGACAGCGACAAUAGCUCGCCCAGUACAUUGUCGGCCUCCGUGGCUCCGGAGUCGGCAGGGGGUUCUCAGAUUCUAGAGAAGUAUCAGGUGGAAGCUUUCCUUAAAGCCAUGCACAGACAGUUGCAGAGUGGGGGUAAAAGGUCAUUCUUUGGGAAAAGGGCUGUAGCUCCUCAAAACCGCGACAAGUAUACCGUUGAAGAUAUGCUUUGUUUCCAGCGGGAGCCGAUCCCCACGUCUCUCUUGCGCAUAAAUGCAGAUCUUGUGAGUCGCGCCGUGAAACUUUUCCAGGUCCUUCUUAAGUACAUUGGUGUACCAGAGGGAGGGCCUUCAAGUCCACCAACUGGACAAGAGCAGAUUGAACUUCUUAAGAAGCUGUACAAACACACUUUGAAAAGAUCCGAGCUUCGUGAUGAACUGUUUGCACAGUUGGUGAAACAGACACGCAACAAUUCGGAUAGGACAAGCCUGCUGAAAACAUGGGAACUAUUAUACAUGUGCUCUUCAGCAAUGCCUCCAGGCAAGGAAUUUGGUGCAUAUUUAUCAGAAUAUGUACAUGAUGUAGCCAACUCACCUGGAGUGGAUAGUUCCGUACAAGCGCUUGCUUUGAACACAGGGGAAGCGUUGAAGCGAUCCGUUAAGGGAGGCCCUCGGCGGGUAGACCCAACUCAAGAGGAGAUUGAGGCUUUAUUAGAAGGGCGUAAAUUGACUACCAUUGCCUUCUUCUUGGAUGAGACAUUUGAAGACAUUACCUACGACAUGUCAACAACUGUUUCAGAUGCUGUCGAGGAAUUGGCAGGCAUUAUCAAAUUAUCUUCUUUCCAUACUUUCAGUCUUUUCGAAUGUCGGAAAAGUUUGAAUGGGUCGAGAGCAGUUGAUGCCGCAAUUGAGGAGCAUAUAGGCUUGGAUGAUAAUAAGUACAUCGGAGAUAUUGUGGCAGAGUUCAAGUUGUCACGAGAUCGUAGCAAGGGUGAGCUUUUUCAGAGUAAGCUGCUGUUUAAGAAACGGCUUUUUCGAGAAUCUGAUGAGGCCAUCACAGAGCCCAUGUUCGUACAGUUGUGCUAUAUCCAGUCCCAACAUGAUUUUCUUCUAGGAAAUUACCCUGUUGGUAGGGAAGAUGCAGCACAGUUGGCUGCACUACAGACAAUAGCAGACCUUGGAAGCAUACCCAAUCCUGAAACAAGCGCGGAGUGGAAUUCCAUGCUAGAUUGUUAUCUGCCCAAGCAGGUAGCCGCAACUCGUAAUAAGCGUGAUUGGGAUCAGGACAUACUGAGCCGGUAUCGGGCGUUGGCACAUUUUUCCAAGGAUGAUGCGAAGCAACAACUUCUUCGAAUGCUACGUUCAUUACCGUAUGGUAAUUCUGUCUUUUUUAGUGUGCGAAGAAUUGAAGACCCUAUAGGCUUAUUGCCCGGGAGGAUUAUCCUCGGCAUAAACAAGCGAGGAGUGCACUUUUUUAGACCGGUUCCAAAGGAGUAUCUACACUCUGCAGAGUUGCGAGAUAUCAUGCAGUUUGGCAGUAGUAACACUGCUGUAUUUUUUAAAAUGCGAGUCGCUGGAGUCCUACAUAUUUUUCAGUUCGAAACAAAGCAGGGAGAGGACAUAUGUGUCGCUCUGCAAACACAUAUAAAUGACGUAAUGUUGAGGAGGUAUUCAAGAACACGCAAUGUGCCCAAUGGGCAGGCGCAAGUGACAGAACCUGCUGCUGCCGUAGUGGCAACUCAGAAGCCUCCAGGCAUUGAAGUGUACGAGAAACACGUACAGGAAAUGUCCAAGUUACUGGAAGAAUCACAGAAGAAAAUUGAUCAGCUUGCAGAAGAGCUUCGUUUAAAAGAGAAAAGAGAAACACAGGUGAUGGAAGAAUUAGCCGGACUACGUGAUUCAUUGCGUGCAGAGGAGCAAACAAGAGCAGAGCUCUCUGAAGAGAGAGAGCGACUGUCGAAGCAGCUUGGGGACCUGGAAGUUGCUCUGCAGACUGCGCAAGCGGAAAAGACAAUUUUGGCGUCAGGUUCAGGCAGCCAUGCAGUCGAGGAUGCAGGAUCUGAUCUUGGUACAGAUAUGGAUACACCUAGAAGAGUAGCGCCUGGAACUCCUCGAGGAAUUCGUAGGGAGCGGGAUUUGCCACCUCCUGGACAAAGGGACAAAAACAAUGAACCAGUUCGUAAUUUAGAGAUUCAGGUUAAGGAGUUGCGCAAUGAUUUGAGACAGAAAACGGAGGAAUUACGUAACAAGGAGGAAAGAGUCAAGAAUCUUACUAAGGAGAAACAACUGCUUGAGCAGAAGGCAUCUCGUCUUGAGAAAAACAAGAGUGAGGAGGCCCUCCUUAUGGAAGAAAAAUUCGAGUUCGAAAGAGAUGAUUUGAGGGGACGACUUGUAGUUCUGGAAAAGAAGUUAGCAGAGCGUACGCAAGAUUUGAGUCUUGCAGAGUCAACGUUGGCAACUCGUGAGGGCGAACUCGAAUCCAUGCAAAGCAGUCUAAUGGAGCUUAAUGAACUUCGGGAUAUGAAAGAGGACAUUGACAGAAAGAAUGAGCAAACAGCAGCUAUAUUGAAGCGACAGGCAGACCAGAUAACUGAACUAGAAACGUUGUACAGAGAAGAACAAGUCCUUCGAAAACGAUACUUCAACAUGAUGGAAGACAUGAAGGGUAAGAUAAGAGUGUAUGCUCGGUGGAGACCACUUAGUAGUAAGGAGAUCAAAGAGCGGCAACAAAAUGUGUUGAUAGCCCCCGAUGAAUUCACCAUCGAACAUCCUUGGAAAGAUGAUAAACCCAAACAACAUCAAUUUGAUCAUGUUUUCGAUCAUUAUGCAACCCAAGAGGAGGUCUUUGAAGAUACGAAGUAUUUGGUCCAAUCAGCGAUUGAUGGGUACAAUGUCUGUAUUUUUGCAUACGGACAAACUGGAUCAGGGAAAACUUUUACUAUUUAUGGUUCUGAAAAUAACCCAGGUCUGACGCCACGGGCUACAAAAGAACUUUUUGGCUACCUCAAACGAGAUGCUAAUAAGUUUUCGUUUAGUCUCAAGGUUUACAUGCUUGAAAUAUAUCAAGACUCGCUCAUUGAUCUACUUCUGCCAAAGAGUGCUGCAAAGCCACGAAAGCUUGAGAUUAAGAAGGAUUCGAAGGGCAUGGUUGUGGUAGAGAAUGCUACAUUGCUGCCGAUAGCAUCACAUGAUGAGCUGCAAGCUAUUGUUCACAAGGGGCUCGAGAGACGACAUGUGUCGGGCACCCACAUGAAUUCAGAGAGUUCACGGUCACAUCUCAUUUUGUCAGUAAUCGUUGAGAGUACCAACCGACAGUCUCAAGUUCUUGUGAAGGGCAAGCUCAGCUUUGUGGAUCUAGCGGGCUCCGAACGAGUGAAGAAAUCUGGAUCUAGUGGUGAACAGCUGAAGGAGGCCCAAAGCAUCAACAAGUCGUUAUCAGCACUAGGUGAUGUCAUCAGCGCCCUUGCAACAGAGGAACAGCAUAUUCCUUACCGUAACCACAAGCUAACAAUGCUCAUGAGCGAUUCUCUUGGUGGAAAUGCGAAGACACUCAUGUUUGUAAAUAUCUCACCGGCAGAGUCCAACCUGGAUGAGACCCAUAAUUCACUCUGCUAUGCAACAAGGGUCAGAUCCAUCAUUAAUGAGGCCAGUAAAAACACUACAACGAAAGAGAUAUUACGACUGAAGAAACAAAUGAUGUACUGGAAGGAGCAAGCCGGCAGGAUGGGAGAGUCAGAAGAUCUUGAAGAGGUCAUGGAUGAUCGUGUAAUCAAAGCUGCUGAUUAAGUUAGAAGAAACCAGUCGCUGGGAUCAAUGUAGUGAGGUUGGUUGCUUUCAGUGUGGUGCUUUCUAUUCACAUCACGCGUAGCAUUGCGGUGUGAAUAUUCAGCUCUAACCGUGCGCUAUGUGACCUUUCCUUCAUACCUGGCUAGGUGUACUUAGAUGAACAAGGUAAAAAUUACUGAACUGUAAGAACAGUUGGUUCUUCCCUCACUUUUAUUCAGAGGGUUUCAGGUCUCAAUUUGUGAGAUUUGCCCAGACGAGGGAUAUCUUGUAGUAGAUAACCUUGCAGUGGAGCGUAACUUGUGGUCCACUACUUUCAUGGUA